GCAGAGCGCGUCUGAGAUGACGUUACAACACGGACCGGGUCCCUAUAUAACUCUAGCUCCUCCUGUGAACACGAUUCCGCUCUCCCUAUUCAAGUCUUUUUUUGACCAGCAUUUUCUUCUCUUCUUCCUCUUGUCUGCUCCCACCCCAAUCAGUGCCUGAACAAAUACGGGCUAUUUAAAGUCCAGUUGAUUGACUGGUUCUCCAUUUCCUGUCUCUAAUAAUUUGCGUAUGAUGAUCUGAUUUUUGUUCAUAUUUGGAGACAAAAUGGGUCUCUGCUUUUCAAGCUCAAAAGUCAUUGGCUCCAGCAGCAUCAGCGCAUCCAACGCCGCCGGUAAGCCUCCCGUAAAUCCGCCGUCCGAAGCCACUGUCACAACAAGAGACGAAGAGAAGUCGCGUGGUUUUCGAAGGAAAGCUAAAGCUACAUGUGACAAAGGGCAUGAACAUCAAACUGGUGCUAUUCCAUGUGGGAAAAGAACCGAUUUUGGGUACGACAAGGAUUUUGAUCAGCGGUAUACUAUUGGCAAGUUGUUGGGCCAUGGUCAAUUUGGUUACACAUAUGUUGCCACAGAUAAAUCUGCUGGAGAUCGCGUUGCUGUUAAAAGAAUAGAGAAGAAGAAGAUGGUUCUCCCCAUGGCAGUUGAAGAUGUGAAGCGGGAGGUGAAAAUAUUGAAGGCCUUAACUGGUCAUGAGAAUGUGGUUCAAUUUCACAAUGCAUUUGAGGAUGAGAAUUAUGUAUAUAUUGUAAUGGAGUUAUGUGAAGGUGGAGAGUUACUGGAUCGUAUUUUGGCCAAGAAAGAUAGCCGUUAUACUGAAAAAGAUGCAGCUAUAGUUGUACGGCAGAUGCUAAAAGUUGCAGCAGAAUGCCAUUUACAUGGCUUAGUUCAUCGUGAUAUGAAACCAGAGAAUUUUCUUUUCAGAUCACCAAAGGAAGAUUCUGCAUUGAAGGCCACUGAUUUUGGUCUUUCUGAUUUCAUACGGCCAGGAAAAAAAUUUCAUGAUAUUGUUGGUAGUGCAUAUUAUGUCGCUCCAGAGGUACUUAAACGCAGAUCAGGCCCUGAAUCAGAUGUUUGGAGCAUUGGUGUUAUAACCUAUAUUUUGCUCUGUGGUAGGCGGCCCUUCUGGGAUAAAACUGAAGAUGGGAUAUUCAAGGAGGUGCUACGAAACAAACCUGAUUUCCGUCGCAAGCCAUGGCCAAACAUAAGCAGUAGUGCUAAAGAUUUUGUUAAGAAAUUAUUGGUGAAGGAUCCUCGUGCCAGACUUACUGCUGCCCAGGCCCUAUCACAUUCAUGGGUCCGAGAAGGUGGUAAUGCAUCUGACAUACCUUUAGACAUCUCUGUUCUGUCCAAUAUGCGACAGUUUGUUAAAUAUGGCCGUCUGAAACAAUUAGCCUUACGGGCAUUGGCAACUACACUUGACGAGGAGGAGGUGGCUAAUCUCAAAGAUCAAUUUGCUGCCAUUGAUGUAGAUAAAAAUGGUGUCAUUAGUCUUGAAGAAAUGAGACAGGCUCUUGCUAAGGAUCUUCCAUGGAAAAUGAAAGAUUCACGUGUGAUGGAGAUUCUUCAAGCGAUUGACAUCAAUACUGAUGGGCUCGUAGAUUUCCCAGAGUUUGUUGCUGCCACUUUACAUGUUCAUCAGAUGGAGGAGCACAACUCAGAAAAAUGGCAGCAAAGAUCCCAAGCUGCUUUUGAAAAAUUUGAUGUUGAUCGAGAUGGCUUCAUUACCCCGGAAGAACUCAAAAUGUACACGGGGUUGAAAGGUUCCAUAGACCCUAUUCUAGAGGAGGCAGACAUCGACAAGGAUGGGAAAAUAAGUUUACCUGAAUUCCGUAGGCUUUUAAGAACUGCAAGUAUGAGCUCCCAUACAAUUUGUUGCCCCUCCUCUGCCAAAUCAGGAGGAAGAGGCUCAAGAUGAGUCUCGAAGUGAAAAAGUUCGAUGUGGGAUAAUGUUGUUGCUGGCACCGGGGGGACGCGCCUCAUGUUUUUACAUACCAGGAGGACAUUUUUGUGAUCUGGUCAUUGUUGUCUACCUAUUUUUUAGCACUAUGCAGUCUUCCUAUUAAAAGUGAAAUAUGGGAUUGUGCAGUGAAUGAGUAAAAGUUCUGUCUCGCCUGUGUGUCUAAGGUAAGGGUACAAGUGAUCUUAGUUGCUGGGUAAUUAUUCGCACUGUUUUUCCACGUGUAAACCACCACAUUUACCAUGUUGGACAUAACAACGUUUGAGAUUACCUUGGUGGGUGUCAUGUUCCAUCUUGUAAAAUUCCAAAAUAAAUAAGAAUAAGCUUUUCCUCUCAUCUGAUGUACAGAUGUACUCGUAUUAUCUUUUUC